AAGCGAGUCGGGCAGCAGUUGCCUCCAGUGCCAUUUCGAACGACAAACGCGUCGCAAUGUCUGAGCAACGUUUCACCAAUCCGAGGAGCAGCCAACGAAGCCGCCGAUUCGGUUUGAUCUGCCCAAGCCUUUGGCUCAUGCUGCUCAUGCUCUUGCAGCUGGCUAUGGACACAGACGGCUACCGAGCUGUCAUACCCAUCGAUGAAGCUAAUCCCGGCAAAUGCAUUUAUCGGGGCGAUUUGCUGCAGGAGGGCAUCAACAACGGCAUUCCGCCCUGUCAGCGGCUUACUUGCAAUGCGGAUGGCUCCAUACUUAUCGAGGGCUGUGGCAAACUUCGCAUCGAUAAAUGCAAUCGUGGCGAGCGCAUCCAUCAAUCGAAGCCCUUCCCGGAAUGCUGUCUGCUGCGCUACAAAUGCAAAAAACCGGAUGGAGCGCCCUUCUACAUUGAACGGAAUGCCGCUGAGGGAGCGUAAAUGAUCCAUAACAUCCAUCUGGAAUCCAUCUGGAAUCCAAAUGGAACUCAUUUCAAAAUCCGUUUGCCGCCCACACUGGCAAACGAGCAAUGCUAAUUUAUUUUGUACAUUAUCCCACUUUGUGUAUCGAAUCAAGCAACUGUUCUUUUUUUUACUCCACAUAUACAUACAUAUAGAAAC